UUAUGUAGAGUUUGAUGGACAAUAGAAGCAUUUGUUGAUCAGCACAAAGGUUUGCUUUUAAUAUUAAUAUGAAAACAUUUUUUGGACGUUUUUAUUUAAAAUAGUUUGAAAAUUUUCAGGAGGUUUUGAGACGAGAAUAAAAUAACACCUGUUCUGUUUUAUUCAAGAGAACAAUAUGGAAAUGAGUGCCAGUACCACAAUGCAAGCAACUCCUGAAGAUAACGCGACUGUUCUUGAUAAUGAAACUGUGCAUAGUAAUACAAGUGAUAUGUAUGACUACGACUAUAAUCUACAGAUUGAGGGUCAUACCUUGACUAUAACCGUAAUUUCAAUCAUUUUGUCUUUGAUAGGUUUACUUGCCAACAGUCUUGCAAUCAUUGCUAUAAUAAAUGGGCAUAGAAAACGGACAACACAUUUAAAACUUGUUAUAAGUUUAUGCUGCUCAGAUGCUCUAAUUCUGUUGUCGAAUGUGUCAAUUAAAAUAAUAAUCCUGACAAAACAUGUGGACUUAUGCCUGAAUGUGGCAAUGAGAUUAACAACCAAUUUAGCUCUUAUUGCUACACUUUUAAACUUACUUGGAAUUGCAACAGAUCACUACCUGGCGAUCAUAAAACCAAUGCUGUACAAAAAAGAGAUGACGAGUACAAGAGGAUUGGGUGGUAUUGGUGCCAUCUGGAUAAUAAGCUUGUUUGCAAUUGGUCUGGAAAUAAUAUCUGGUCUUGUAGAUAGGAGAGAAAAAGAAUCGCCUUGUGUAGCAAUUGCCUUCGAUAAAACGAAUUCAGAAUUUGCUAUUGUUGCUUUUAUUUUUGCCUUUCUUCUUGUUAUAAUCAUGAUUUACGCUAGAAUAUAUAUUUGUGUGAUUAGGCGUCAGUCUCUUCAAAGGCGGAGACAUCAACAAAAAAACGGUUCUGGUAGCGUUAAAACUCUCAUCACAACAUCACUAUUUGUUUUAACAUUUGUGCUGUUCUUGACUCCAAUUGGAAUAUUUAACGUUUAUAUAUACUUUCAAAGUUUUGAAUAUACCCUUGACAAUUUAGAUAGUAUUGCCAAAACUGGAGACAUUUUGUACGUAAUUUUAUUACUUAACACCAUCUCGGAUCCCAUAAUCUAUGCUGCGCGUCUGCAAAGGGUGCACAGACAAUGUUGUUUGUUUCCCGCAGGUGUAAGCCGUCUAUCAACACGGACAGAACGAUCAUCAUUUGCAAAACCUACGGGAAUAUUGUAAUUAUCUAUUCCUCAAAUCAUUGACAGGAAAUUUAACAAGAGCUGUCAAGGGUGCAGCGCGCUCCACUUGUCUCAGUACUUGAUAGUAUGAUAAAAGCAACAACAUAGAAACAGGGCAUAUUUCUGAUAAACUGUUUUGCCUUGAUAAAUAGGAAGAAUUGUAAGUUUGAUCGAAUAUCUGUGAUGGUUUUUGUGAAAAUUAUAAAUAUAUAAAAAGGAUGAUUAUUAGGUUGACCUGUCUUUUAAAGAUGCAAUUUAGUUCUUUAAAAUGUAGCCAAGUUUAAAGUGAAUAUUUUAUUGACAUUGAAAGAAAGGUUAAUUCAGAGCACAAACAAAUCUAAGUAAAGAUAACUUUUGCAAGGUAUAACUCAAGGAUUAUAUGCCCUUUAAAUAUUUCAUAACAUGUUGAACAAAUGAAUAGUGAACAAAUAAAUCAAGUUUAAAGUGAAAAGUUUUGAAAUAGUUUUAAAAGUUUUUAAGGAAAUUGACUACAAACUAUUACAAAAUAUUUCAAGUAGAACACAUUAGUAUAUAUCCAUAUAUGAAGUUUCAUUUUUAUGGCUGUAAAAUUAAUGACCAUUCACGAAAACUUAACCAAAAAGAUUUACUGACGCCCCACCUUUUUUUCCUUCGGUAAGUGGAGCUAAAUAUAACCUUAAUACAUGCAUAUGUCAAAUGUUAGGAUAUGGCUGGUAACAGUCUUACAUUAUAUUGAUAAAAAAUGUUUCACGUUCUCAACAUGCCAUGCAAAAUUAUUUGCAAACCAUUAUUUUGUUAACGCGUAUAACAAAAAAAAUCCUGAAUUUUGGUCUUUUUGAAAUUCAUCAUUCAAUAUCUGCAUUGGUUGUUAUGUUGAGUUGACUUAAAGCAAGCUAUUUAUAUAAUUCAAUAACUUGGCAUGGAUCAAAAGCUAUUGAUAUAGUAACAUUAUCUAAAAUUAUUGUUUGAUUUUUUUAGCAAUAAGUAUGCCUGACUUGCUCCUUUGCUUGACUUCAGACCAUUUCUGCUAUGAAGUGGAUAAGAUAUAGAAAAUACAAGAAGUUAUCUCUUGUGUUGAUAACAAUAUCUGAAAUAUUAUCGAAACAGAACAGUGCGGAAGGCAUGGUAAAAGCCGUGUGGAAAGUAGUCACGAAAGAACAUGUCAAUUUUGUGAUGCUUACGAACUCGAAGACGAGUGUCAUUUUGUUUUAAAAUGAAGUGCUUAUGAAAAUCUACGUCGCCAAUAUGUUAAGCGUUAUUUUUACAUUCGGCCUAGUAUGGCCAAAGUUAUAGAAUUACUGCAAUCUAAAAGCCAUAAAGUACUUACAAACUUAUUCUAUUAUUUAAAAAGGCAGACGUCAGACGAAAUGAUAACUCUAGAAGUCUUCAAUAGUAUUAUGACGUUGUUUUAAUUGUAUAUACUGUGGUGUUCUUUAUAUUAUAUUGAGUAAAUAUUUUGCCAAAUGCGA